GGCCCUUAAGAGGCCUCUCCCUCAACUUGGCUCGGCCGGUCCGCUCUCCACUCUGUGUCUCCCGCUCUCUUGCUCGGGUCCCCUCAACUUUGGCCAGUUUUUCUUUGGAUUGGUGACGUCUGGGGGAUACAGGAGUUGUGGAAUUACUUUGCAAACAGCUUCCCUCCUCCUCCUCCUCCUCCUGCUCUCAUCUCAUCAAUCACAGCCCAUGACAGCAGAUCGGCCAACAUGGCAUUCUCAUCUCGCUUUUCCUUCUGGGAGAAAAAGAUCAAAGACGAGAACAAGCCAGACAGUCCAAGUUCAGACAGUGAGGGGCUGCCCAGCCGGGCCAAAUCAGUGCCAGCUCUAGACCCUGGUAGGGGAUUAUUCCGGGUAAAGAGCCCUGCGGAGUCAGAGGGCCGGUUGAGGAGUCCCUCCCCGCCUAAAAUCAGGACAACUGUGAAAGUGCCAGAGCGCCAGAGGCCAAUGUCAAUGAUGGGAGAUCAAUUUAGAAACCAUGAAGCACCCCGAGCUUCUCUGAACGCGGAGCCAGCUUUGAACAGUGAGCAGGAGCAAAAUGGCAUGAUGAGUAAAAACGUGGCCAAUGGCACAGCCAACAGUAACAUUAAACCUCCAGGCACCAGCGCCAACCAGGUGGACGCCACAGAUGAAAACGGUCCGACACGCAAGAAAGUAGUAAAGGUUGUCCGUCGUGUUGUCAGGAAGGUCCUGCCCACAGAAGAGGACGAGACCACUCGGCCAACACGACCACCAGGCACAUCUUCGCAGGCUGCCAAGCCUGCUGCCGAGCCAGCGAAAGCAGUGCCAGCACCUGCUGCAGUGUCUAAGGCCCCCACGAUGUCAGGGUUCUCUUUUAAACAUGACGCCAUCAAAACAGAAGACAGGGACGACAUCUCUCGAGGACUGACCAACCUCAUGGUCAGGGGCAGAACAAGGGAACCCCGCCCACGAGUGCGCACUGAUGAACGACCAGAAAAAAUCGAGUUCGAGAGGAAGAAUGAGAGGAAAGGAGAACACGUUGAGCAGGAAGAAACAAAGGACGAUCACAAAGAGGAUAAAACCAAAAUGCAACCACAGGAAGUCGAUCACAAACUCACAAGCUGUGAUCCAGUUAUACAGGGGCUCAAAUCUCCUGUGGGUGCUGUAAACCCAGCCAGCAUGGCGUCUCGGGGAUCAGCCCCUGCAUCUUCCACAUCAACUCAUUCCAAACCUUCAUCUCUCCCACCGGUUGUUGGCUUGACCCCAGCUUCCAAGUCCUUACCCUCAUCUCGGCCUUCUGGCUUUGUACCUGAACGCAAAUCCGCCACUGCGACUCCUCCUCAACCUGCCACAUCAGUCGCCCAAAAAGCGUCCUCCCUCUCUCCGCCGCCACGCUUCAUCCCAGCCCCCAAACCCCCUCAACGUGCAACCACUGUGAGCCCUGAUGCUCCCCGUCCCGUGCCCGGUCCACUGUCUCCCCCGCCAAGAGUCAUUCCCACCCAGCCACCUGCUGUCAGUCAACACGAGGAGGCGCCGCUCAGUCCCACCGAGGAGGCUCAGAGACGCCUGAUGAGGAUCUUCAAUGCCCCUCUGGAGCCAGCAGUCAAUGUUUCGUCCUCUGUCCAAGCCCCUGCCCCCGCGGCCCUGCAGCCCCAGGGCUCCCUCCAGGGAUCAGUGGAAGAGGAUCCUGUGACCCUCCUUCAGGCGUCUCACGCUUCAGCUCAGCAACCCCAGGUGAAGACCGAGGAGCAGAUCGCAGCAGAGCAGGCCUGGUAUGGAUCAGAGAAAGUCUGGCUCAUCCACAAAGAUGGAUUUUCCCUGGCCACCGUGGUGAAGACGGAGGAUGGCUCCCUGCCAGAGGGCAAGGUGAGAAUCAAGCUGGAGCAUGAUGGGACAGUACUGGAUGUGGACGAAGACGACAUUGAAAAGGCUAACCCUCCGUCAUACGACCGGUCAGAGGACCUGGCUUCGCUGCUCUAUCUGAAUGAAUCCAGUGUGAUGCACUGUCUGAGGCAGCGCUACGGAGGCAAUUUGAUUCACACCUACGCCGGAACCAACAUGGUGGUCAUCAACCCCCUCAGCACACCCUCCAUGUACUCAGAGAAGGUGAUGCACAUGUUCAAAGGCUGUCGACGCGAGGACUCGGCUCCUCACAUCUACUCUGUUGCUCAGUCGGCCUACCGCAACCUGCUCACCACCCGGCAGGAUCAGUCCAUCGUGCUGCUGGGCAAGUCCGGCACCGGCAAGACCACCAACUGCCAGCACCUGCUGCAGUAUCUGGUCUCCAUCGCCGGCAGCACGGGCAAAAUCUUCUCUGCUGAGAAGUGGCAGGCGGUCUACACCAUCCUGGAGGCUUUUGGCAACAGCUCCACCGCUAUGAACACUAACGCCAGCCACUUCUCCCACGUUGUGUCCCUCGACUUUGACCAAGCUGGGCAAGUGGCCUCCGCCUCCAUCCAGACGAUGCUGCUGGAGAAACUGAGGGUGAGCAGACGACCUGCCGGAGAGUCCACCUUCAACAUCUUUUACUACAUGAUGGCCGGAGCGGACAGCAGCCUCAGAACGGAGCUGCACUUCAACCACCUAGCUGAGAACAGUGCUUUUGGGAUUGUACCACAGUCAAAGCCCGAGGACAAGCAGCGAGCCUCGCAGCAGUUCACCAAGCUGCAGGCGGCCAUGAAAGUGCUGGGCAUCUCCGGGGAGGAGCAGAAGGCCCUUUGGCUCAUCCUAGGGGCCGUUUACCACCUGGGAGCCGCCGGAGCAACUAAAGACGGAGAUGAAGUGGGACGUAGGCAGUUUGCCCGUCAUGAAUGGGCCCAGAAAGCGGCCUACCUGCUGGGCUGCACCCUGGAGGAGCUGUCCUCGUCUAUCUUUAAGCAGCAGGCCAAAGGACUGCAGCACUCCGCCUCGUUCAGAGGAGCACAGGACGAGGGCGGCCAAGGCGAUGGCUCAGGCUCUAAGGUCACAGCUCUGGAGUGUUUGGAGGCCAUGGCAUCAGGACUCUACUCUGAGCUCUUCACUCUGGUCAUCUCCCUCAUUAACAGGGCGCUCAAGUCCAGCCAGCACUCUCUUUGCUCGCUGCUGAUCGUGGACACUCCGGGUUUCCAGAACCCCCGGCUGGCCCAGCAGCAGCGGGGUGCCACCUUCGAGGAGCUCUGCCACAACUACACCCAGGAGAGACUGCAGACCCUGUUCCACGAGCGCACCUUCGUCCAGGAGCUGGAGCGAUACAAGGAGGAAAACAUAGAGCUUGCUUUAGAUGACAUAGAGUGCAGUACCUCACGGUCGGUAGCGGCUAUUGACCAAACCUCCACCCAAGCUCUGGUGCGCACUCUGGCCCGGACGGACGAGGCUCGGGGCCUCCUGUGGCUGAUGGAGGAGGAGGCGGUUCAGCCUGGAGGUUCAGAGGAAACGAUGCUGGAGAGACUCUUCAGCUACUACGGCUCUGCACAGGGAGACAACAAAGGGGCCAGUCUGCUGCUACGAGGGGAGAAGCCCCACCUCUUCCUGCUCGGCCACAGCCACGGGACCAACUGGGUGGAGUACAACGCUCAAGGCUGGCUGAGCCACGCCAAGCACAACCCCGCUGCCCAGAACGCCGCCACACUGCUGCAGGACUCCCAGAAGAAGAACAUCAGUGGGCUGUUUAUGGGCCGGGCCAGCGGGGCCACUGUGUUGUCGGGCUCCAUCGCUGGUCUGGAGGGCAGCUCCCAGCUCGCCCUGCGACGGGCCACCAGCAUGAGGAAAACCUUCACCACAGGUGUGGCUGCUGUCAAGAAGAAGAGCCUGUGUAUCCAGGUCAAACUCCAAGUGGAUGCUCUGAUUGACAUGGUGCGUCGCUCCAGGGUUCACUUUGUCCACUGCCUGCUGCCCAAAGCCGAGGCAGUGGGAGGUGGAGGUGAGCCCCGCGUGACGCACGGAGAGAGCCCCGAGUCCGGCCUCAUGACUCUGGACGUCGGCCUCCUGAGAGCUCAGCUCCGAGGGUCGAAGCUGCUGGAUGCACUGCGCAUCUAUAGGCAAGGAUAUCCAGAUCACAUGGUGUUCUCCGAGUUCCGCAGGCGCUUUGAUGUCUUGGCGCCACAUCUGACCAAGAAGCACGGCCGCCACUACAUUGUCACAGAUGAGAAGAGGGCGGUGGAGGAGUUGCUGGAGUCCUUGGAGCUGGAGAAGAGCAGCUACCACAUGGGGCUGAGCAGGGUCUUCUUCAGAGCUGGGACUCUAUCCAAGCUGGAGGAGCAGCGGGACGUGAAGACCAGGAGGAACAUCUCUCUGUUCCAGGCCGCCUGCAGGGGAUACCUGGCUAGACAGGCCUUCAAGAAGAGGAAGAUCCAGGAUUUGGCCAUCCGCUGCAUCCAGAAGAACAUAAAGAAGAAUCGUGGUGUCAAAGGCUGGCCAUGGUGGAAGCUCUUCACCACUGUCAGACCUCUGAUAGAGGUGCAGCUCUCUGAAGAACAGAUCCGUGGAAAGGAUGAAGAGAUCCAGCAGCUGAAGCAGAAGGUGGAGAAGGUGGAGAAAGAGAGGAAUGAGCUGCGACUGAACAGUGAUCGUCUUGAGAGCCGGAUCACAGAGCUAUCAUCUGAGCUGGCUGAUGAGCGGAACACCGGGGAGUCCGCCUCCCAGCUGCUGGAGACUGAAACUUCUGAGAGACUGCGUCUGGAGAGGGACAUGAAGGACCUGCAGGCCAGGUUUGACAGCAUGAAGAAACAGACGGAGUCCAUGGAGAUGGAGGUGAUGGAGGCUCGACUCAUUAGGGCGUCUGAGCUCAACGGAGAGAUGGACGAUGACGACACAGGUGGAGAGUGGAGGCUGAAGUAUGAGCGAGCCAUUCGGGAGAUUGAGUUCACGAAGAAGAGACUGCAGCAGGAGAACGAAGACAAGCUGGAGGUGGAACAGCAGAACAAGCGGCAGCUGGAGAGGAGGAUCAGCGACCUGCAGGCUGACAACGAGGAGUCCCAGCGAAACGUCCAGCAGCUGAAAAAGAAGGCCCAGCGACUGACAGCCGAACUGCAGGACACCAAACUUCACCUGGAGGGCCAACAGAGCCGCAACCAUGACCUGGAGAAGAAGCAGAGGAAGUUCGACAGUGAGCUGAGUGGAGCCCAAGAUGAGGUGCAGAGGGAGAAGAGCCUGAGGGAGAAACUUGCGCGAGAGAAAGACAUGCUGACUGGAGAGGCCUUCAGCCUCAGACAGCAGCUGGAGGACAAGGACAUGGAGGUGUGUGCCGUCCACCUGAAGCUGGACCAGCUGGAGGCCGAAUUGCUGGACCUCAAUUCCCAGGAAUCCAAAGAUGAAGCAUCGCUGGCCAAGGUGAAGAAGCAGCUUCGCGACAUAGAGGCCAAGGUGAAGGACCAGGAGGAGGAGCUGGAUGAGCAGGCCGGCAACAUCCAGAUGUUAGAACAGGCCAAGCUACGUCUGGAGAUGGAGAUGGAGCGUUUGCGGCAAACCCAUUCCAAGGACAUCGAGAACAAAGACGAUGAGGUGGAAGAGAUCAGACAGUCGUGCAGCAAGAAGCUGAAGCAAAUGGAAGUCCAGCUCGAAGAAGAGUACGAUGAGAAGCAGAAGGUGCUGAAAGAAAGGAGGGAGCUGGAGUCGAAGCUUCUGUCAGCACAGGACAAGGUGAGAGGUGGCGACAUAGAGACUGAGAAGCGUUUGAGGAAGGACCUGAAGAGAACCAAGGCUCUGCUGGCCGACGCCCAGAUCAUGUUGGACCACAUAAAGAACAAUGCACCCAGCAAGAGGGAGAUCGCCCAGCUCAAGAAUCAGCUGGAGGAGUCCGAGUUCACCUGUGCGGCCGCAGUAAAAGCUCGCAAGUCCAUGGAGGUGGAGAUCGAAGACCUGCACGUCCAGAUGGAGGACAUUUCCAAAACGAAGCAGGCGCUGGAGGAGCAGCUGAGUCGCGUGCAGAGGGAGAAGAACGACGUGCAGUCCAGGAUGGAGGAAGACCAGGAGGACCUCAACGAGCUGAUGAAGAAACACAAGGCUGCUGUGGCACAGUCAGCCCAGAAUCUGGCUCAGAUCAGUGACCUACAAGCCCAGCUGGAGGAGGCCCUCAAGGAGAAGCAGGAGGUUCAGGAGAAGAUGCAAUCCCUGCAGAGCCAGCUGGAGUUCCAGGAGCAGUCCAUGGUGGAGAAAUCCCUCGUCAGCCGGCAGGAGGCCAAGAUCCGUGAGCUGGAGACCAAGCUGGAGUUUGAAAAGACCCAGGUCAAACGCCUGGAGAGCCUCGUCGCUCGCCUCAAGGAGAACGUGGAGAAGCUGAUGGAGGAGCGAGAUCAGCGGAGCAGCAGCGAGAAUCGAGAGAAGGAACAGAACAAACGUCUGCAAAGACAGAUCCGUGACAUCAAAGAGGAGACGGGCGAACUGGCCAAAAAGGAGGCCGAGGCCAGCCGCAAGAAACACGAGCUGGAAAUGGACAUUGAGAGCUUAGAGGCUGCUAAUCAGAGCUUGCAGGCAGACCUCAAGCUGGCCUUCAAAAGGAUCGGUGACCUCCAGGCAGCCAUCGAGGAUGAAAUGGAGAGUGACGACAAUGAAGACCUUAUCAACAGUUUACAAGACAUGGUGACAAAGUAUCAGAAAAGGAAGAACAGAACUCCGGGGGAUUCAGACACAGACUCUGAGGUGGAGGAUCGUGUGGAUGGGGUGAAGUCCUGGUUGUCCAAAAGCAAAGGCUCCGCCAAGAACCUCUCAGACGAUGGCAGUCUCAAGAGCUCCAGCCCUCCCGGUCGAAGACGCUACUCCUUCAGUAGAUCUGAUGAAGAGGAGGAAGAAGAAGAAAAAGAAGAAGGCGGGGCGACCCAGGGCUCUUCCUACUCUCGACACAGCUACGGCAGCCAAAUGAGAGAGGACGACGGCGGCGAGGACGGGCCUCGGGAGACCCCGUCGUAGUCCUCGCCGUCCCCACCCACCUUCGACAACGCACCCUCGUUCCACUGUCACAGUUCGUCCUGCAUGCCCAGUCCACCGCAGUGGUGAUCGGCUGCUCACAACCACAUAACCGUAACACUCACCACCCCGCAAGAGAAACACAGACGCGGGAAUGCCCUGGAUGUUCCUAACGCUCGGAAUCCUCACGGGGUUUGACACAGUUUGUUUGUUUGUUUGACUCCUCGUCCCUCGGUCUAACCUCGCGGCACACAGCAGCUCAGAUAUUUGCGACUGCACUCUGCUGGUUGCAUGCACGCGGCGGCUGCUCGGUGUGGGUGGCCAUCCUGUCGAACUCCACUCAUGGAUGUACCUGAGCCAAAGAACUUGAGGUUGCAAUGACAACAGCUUCCUUCCUUCCCUGUCGCUCUUCCCCUCUUCUUUACAUAUAGUACACCACAAUAAUAUGUAUUUACCACAUUACAGUGUAUUGCCAAAAAGCCUUUGUUCCAAGUAUGUGUGGACACUGUUUGACUUAUUUCCAAUUGAUUAUGAAUCCUGGGAAAAGUUCCAGCGUUUUCUCCUCCUCCUCCUCCUCCUCCUUCUUCUUCUUCUUCUUCUUCUUCUUCUUCUUCUUCUUCUUUUCGGAAUAAGUGCCAUUUAACUUAAGUGGGCUCCUCUACAGCUGGCUUCUCCGCAGCUGCAGCAUUUCAUGAGCGGCUGCACUGUACACUGAAGACGCUCUUAUUAUCAUCUGCUUGCUUUUUGUUUGCCUGAAAAGUUUUCUGCCUUUUGCUGGCAAAUGAUCUCAUCCUUACAGGGGAAGAGGAUUGCAUCACUUAACGCUCCACCAUUAUCACAAAGCUGUGUCCACCCCCUCUUUUUAAAUCUUUGGUAAUUGAUGUUUGACAGAUUUGUUUUGCAGAUUAAUUUCCAUGAGUUUUGGGCUUACCUCUGAGAAAUGCCUCGUCUUAUCUCAUCUUGACUUGAUUUGACUACACACUUGCCGAAUCGGUGAAGACACUUUGUCCUUGUGCUUGUCGUUCACACGCCGUCUGUGUUUUAAGUUUGAUGUGCUUUACUUUUCCAAAGGGAAUUUAUUUAACCUUGGGCACCAGUCAUUUGCGGGUUUAUUUGAAAAAACGCUGAGCGUAUGGUAUCCUCAGCCAGCAUGAUAACGGCACGAGCUGGCGUUUUUUAUUAUUCUCAACAAAUCACAUGGAAAGACAAAAACGAGAAACAAUCAUGCGUUUUCUCGACCUUUGGGGAAUGGACACGUGAGAGAAGAUAAUCUGAUCUUCAGUUUUUAUCUUGGUCUUGGUUGUCCUCAAACUACAGCCCUUAAAGUGCUGGCCACUGUAGUUUAGAGCUGGGAACGUGCUGGCGCUGCUCAAUAACAAUGAUGGACAUCAUGGCAGCUCGCUACAAGUGAUGCCCCCUGCUGGUUGGUUGCAGCAUACAUCCUAAAUUCCCAUAUUUAUUCCUACAAGUUUGGUUUUAAUCUGUCAUAUGAUGCAACAAAAACAUGAUUGACAGCUGCGAUUGGUUGGACAGGUAUAUUGGCAGGACUUUGUUGCCCUGGGUCCACCCCCAGAUCACUAAUGAGCAGCUAACAGACUGACUAUUGGUCAUAAAUGUAUUAUUCACAGAUAUUUGUACCAUGAGCUUUCCUAACUGUCUGCAGUAUGUGCUGCUGGAUUAUAUUAUAGUUGAUGAUGCAACACAACUCAAGAAAAACCCAAUUCAUCAAAUUUGAAGCAACACAUCAUUUGUUCUGAUUAAUCUAACCACACCACACCGGUCAGGAUGGCCAAAGAACAUUGGCCUAGUUUACAGAUGAGGCUUCAGGGAAUGCCACGGACCAGGGUGACGGUGUGAAGCGCUUCCUGUUGUGCUUGAAUAUUUAGAAUUCAAACGGAUCAUUGAGCAUUUUUUUUUCCCUGUCCCACAAAUGUUGAUCAAUCGGCCCACAGGCCAUGAAAGCGCCUCUGGCAGAUUUAAGUGUGUCGGAGAUGACCAAAGUCAAAUGCGAGUCAUGUAAACAGAUCGACUGCAGAUAAAUGUCUUUCCAUGGGUUUUGAUGAUGAUGAUGAUGAUAAUAAUAAUAACAAUAAUAAAACUGCAGAAUAUCACCAGCCUUCAGCUUUAAAGCCUCGUCUGGUACUUUGACUGUAACUCCAUCAACUGGACCGACUGCAGCCUGUACAACUAAUACUGUGAAACCAUUUUCAGCAUGUUUGAGACCUGGUUCCUGAACAUGAACUGAUCGCUAACAAGAAACAUGGUUGAAUAAGUGUUACAUCCCACUCUUUGGUCGCGUGUCUGGUAUUUACUCGGUAGCAUUAACAUUUUAUUGAAAGCCACUUAAAGUCCAGAGCUUUAUAUGGCAUUUUGGGGGCUGGAAAUAAAAAAACAACCAGUGGAUGUUCUUCAUCGUGAGAGGAAUUGGGUCUUCAUCUUUAUUCUCUAUGCAGUCAAAACCAAAUGUGUGGAAAUGUGUUUUUUGAUUGACUCUGAUUAUGCGUCUGGCUCCAACAGGAAAAAAAACCCAAACCUAAAGCGCAGGCAUAAUACUGAUGACUGCACACAGUAUUUAUAUAUAAAUAUGUGUAUGAUUCAUGCUAGCUUUGAAAAAAAACUCCAUGUUUAUUUUCAUUAUGGAACAAAUUGACCACUUGGUAUAAAUUUUUCAUCACAGUUUAAUAUAUUGUAAAUAAAUGAUGGUGAUUGUUUUAGAACACCUUGCAGACUGGA